AUGGCCCUCGGGCCCUCCCUCCGCCCGGGACAGGGUGGCACCUGCCACUCUCAGGACCACCCUUCCAAGGCAAUAAACCGGAUCCUGUUGCAGCCUCCUGUCCCUGUUGUGAGCCCACGUGUAGGCACAGCUGGGAGCCCAGCCCAGCACAGGGGCCAGAGAGCCUUGAACCGGCGGGUCCCCCUGGCCCAGAUCUGGCUGGAAAUCCACCUGCGAGCCAAGUGGAGGAGACGCCUGCGGCGGCCGCCGCCCAACCCCCGGCUGAAAACCGGCCUCGGGCUCAAGCUCUCGGACCCGCCGCCGGGGGGCCCGCGGCCGCUUUCCAGGAGCCCCGCCUCCGGUCGGUCGACCUUUAGCCGACGGCCCGGUGACUUCCCCUCCCCCACCGCCCCCCAACUGUGUGACCCGGGGAAGGGCUGCGCCCGCGGGCCGUCGGCUAAAGUUCGGCCCAGAGACCCGGAGACACCAAAAUAG